GUGAAUUAGCCCCGCCUGUGAGACAGCAUGUAAGACCUCAGCUCUCAGUAGUAAGGAUUCAUGGCCCUUUUUCAGCUUAUUUUAACAGGAGGGACACGUUUUUGCUGGUAUGCUAAACUGAGACCAGUUUGCUGUUUUAACACGUACGAAUGUUUACGCGCGUUCGGUAUGGAAAGCCGAUCGUGGACUACAUUUCCCACAAUGCAGCGGAGACCCUACUUCCGUUCCAGCAGUUUGUAAACACAGCGAAAGGAGAGAUGGAGUCGUCAAGAGGUCUCACCUAAAAAUAUUGCUCCGCUGGAUAACCAGGCCACAGCGUCCGUACAGUAGAUGGCAGGCAUGGGGUUUUAAUCUGCAAGGCUUAAAAUAACCUCCGAGAGUUUUACCGCAAGGAUUGUAUCAUCGUUUUCGGUCUUUUUUUCCGUGGAAAUCCAGACGGGGGUCCGUGUGUUUUUCUCCUAACCAACGUUAACGUUAGCUGGCCAGCUGUAAAGGAAGGCAGCACAGACAGCCUGACCAGAGGCGUUCUGCUCUCCCAGUCGUCGUGGAUUUUGAUUAAUAUCGCGCAGGUGUCUCUCUUCUGAACAUUUAAAUGGGGAACUGCCUCUCCUCCCAAGGUGCCGAUGACUUGUCUCUUCUGAACGAGUCCGAAGGGGCGAGUCUUCCAGGGGAGCCUCCGCCACCCUAUCAGGAACGUGUACAGGUUCCCGUGUACCACCCCACACCCAGUCAGCCUCGGCUGGCCACCCAGCUGACGGAGGAGGAGCAGGUGCGGAUUGCUCAGCGUAUCGGCCUCAUCCAGCACCUCCCCCGCGGGAUCUUUGACCCAGGCUCCGAACCCUCCGACAAGAAGAUCAAAGAGUGUGUGAUCUGCAUGCUGGAUUUCGAGUACGGCGACCCCAUCCGAUUCCUGCCCUGCAUGCACAUCUACCACGUGGACUGCAUCGACACGUGGCUCAUGCGCUCCUUCACCUGCCCGUCCUGCAUGGAGCCUGUGGAUGCAGCACUGCUGUCCACCUACGAGACCAACUGAGAAAUACGCCGACACUCACAGGGGAAAUGCGCCUGAAACGACAUGCCAGUGCAGUCGGCCAAGAGAUGUGUGCUACACUGGGGAAUAGCAGGUGGCAGCAGUAUGAGUGCCCAUACAAAAAUGUAAUAUUGAAAAUAUGUUCCAAUUAAUUUUACUUAUCAUUUGGAAUAUAUUGACAAAACAUGGCAGUAUGUUCCAUUUUCCUAUGGGAAUAUGUUAGCACAGGGUGUAGAUGAGAUGCAUCCAAAGGAGACAGGGAGGCGUGCCCUUGAUCAGAGAUGCGAUUUUAACCCAUUUUCAUGAAGUUAAUGUAGCUCAAAUGCGGCAUAUUGGAGCGUAGAACCAGACCAGAUCGGCUUUAAAGGAGAUUAAAUAUAUUUGAAGGAUGUGUUAGUUGAAGAUUGUUACAAUUAGGUGUGGAUGGGGUGAUUAUUUUCACUGCACCACUUUUUUCAUUUUUCCAAUUGUGCAAUACAAAGAAGAAAAAGAAGGAAGAAGAAGAGGAAGCCAGCCUUUUUUAAUUGGGCUCUAAUGGGUUUGCUGGGUGCGGGUCUUUAUAUAUUAAGGCUGUGAAAAUCCUGAAGCACAGCACGCUUUGAUGAAAGCCAAUAGUCAGAGCUGUUUAGUUAGUGACAAAAUGAAAAUGUGAGACGCUGAAGUGCCAUGGCUGACAUGUUUGUCUCAUCUAUGUAUACAUAUAUUGCACUCCACACUUGAGUCUGCUGCAUUGCAUUUCUUGAUAAGGCACAUUAGACGUGGAUAGUUCCAGCGCUGCACAGUGCUGUGUUUUCUUGGCUCUAACUAGGGCUGAACAAUGUUGGGGGUAAAGACACGUUGCACUAUUUUGCGAUAAAUAUUAUGUGGA